UGUAAAUCAGUGAGACAGAGCUACACUUUCUCUAGACCCGCUCAUCUUGCGAGAAUAUAAGUUCAAGGGGCCAUUACCAUUGGCCUUGACAACACUCGAACCAGUCUUUCUACCUCCCGCAGCCUUAUUGUUACUAUUUCGCACCCCUUCAUCUCGCUCUGCGUCGCCCUCCUCGUCUUAAAACACAACUAUCAUCAGCUAAACAUCACGAUGAUCAAGUCGAACAUCAUAUUUACCAUAUCAAUUUUCUCUCCGUUCCUUCUUCAGGGAGUCUCGAGCUGUCGACAGGCCAUCGCCACGUACUCUAAGAAUUAUGAGUGCAAUCUUAGCAAGUUCGAAUCCGCCAUUACCCAGGACUGUAAGAAGCUGGCAGCAAGCAUCGGAACGGCAGGUCCAAAGUUCGCAGAGCCGCCCGUCGUGGAUAGCGUGGAAUGUCUCGAAUGUGACGCCGAUGGCGAAGCGAGAAAGUGCCGUUGCCUUCUCACGUCGUGGCGUUUCCGCGACUGGGAGGCGGAGCCAGCCAAAUUUCAGGAUUUCGAGUAUGAGUACUGGAGAGUCAUGGAAAAUGGAAAGUUGGAUGUGAGCUGUGAUUAA